GAUCCCAAAAUUUAAAUUGGAAGGAUAAAAACACCUGCAACUCAGCUAGAUCCAUGGGGGCUACUCCACCACCUCCAGAAGAGCUGACCACCCCCUUUCUGAAGAGGACAAAUACGCCGUCUCUCCAAGAGGAAGCCAGUGUGGGUGUCAUCGCAGGUGUCAUCACAGUGGUUUUCAUCACACUACUGACAGUCCUGGUAGUGAUCAUCAUAUACCUGUACAAGAAUAAAGGUAGCUACCAUACCUAUGAGCAACCAGAAGCAGAUGUGUCAGUACAGAUGGAGAACCUCCCUUCCAAAGGAGAAAAGGAGGAAUAUUUUAUAUAA